AUGGACGGCCGACAGUCUGCCCUUCGCAGAAUGGCUGGAGGCAUUUUAGAAAGUGAACAGUAUUGUACAGAGCCCAGCCACAGCGGGAACCAAUGCCGCAAAGAUCUGCACCUUUUUUGCUGUGUGUGUCACAGGUGGAUUCAAUGGGUCGGUGGAUCGAGAUUUUCAAGCAGUUUCAAUGAAGAGAAUAUCAGGGAAAGGCAAGCAUCCAUCAUCCAAGGAGGUCUUGCAGCGCGGUCUGAACAGUCUCGCUGUUUGGCAAGCACGACUGGUGCUCCCAUGACUAAAAUCACAUUGGUUUUAUUGCUGCCUUAUGUUCAGCAGUUGGCCAUGCGCACGUGUUGCGCGCGAUGCCUUAAUUCAUCUUUUGAUGACUUGGACUCGGACAUGUACAGUUCACGCUUCCAAGUCACUGAGCAACUCGAAGCUUGUAGCUCGAAAUGA